AUGUCUGAACACCUGUUGGCAUUGAAUAAUACAGAUUGUACACAUUUUUAUAAACUUGGAGUAAAAUCCACAGGAUUCAUAAGAUGUAACUCUACCUCACUGUGUGUUUUGCCAAGCUGGAUAUGUGAUGGGUCUAAUGACUGUGGAGACUAUUCAGAUGAAUUGAAGUGCCCAGUUCAAAACAAACACAAAUGUGAAGAGAAUUAUUUUGGUUGUCCUAGUGGAAGAUGCAUUUUGAAUACCUGGGUGUGUGAUGGUCAGAAGGACUGUGAGGAUGGGAUGGAUGAGCUACACUGUGAUUCUUCUUGUUCUUGGAACCAAUUUGCUUGUUCUAUACAAAAAUGCAUCUCUAAACACUGGAUCUGUGAUGGGGAGGAUGACUGUGGAGACAGCCUAGAUGAAAGUGACAGCAUUUGUGGUGCUGUCACUUGUGCUUCUGAUAUGUUCAGCUGCCAGGCCUCCCAUGCCUGCGUGCCCAAACAUUGGCUGUGUGAUGGUGAGAGAGACUGUCCGGAUGGGAGUGAUGAGCUCUAUACUGCAGGCUGUGCACCCAAUAAUACAUGUGAUGAAAAUGCUUUCAUGUGCCACAAUAACGUCUGCAUUCCCAAGCAGUUUGUUUGUGACCAUGAUGAUGAUUGUGGAGAUGGCUCAGAUGAGUUCCAGCAAUGUGGUGAGUAUGAGGUUUUGUAG